AUGGAUGAACGUUUAGAAGAAGAUGAUGGGACGGCGCUGGCGAGGUUAUCCAACUUGCCUCCACGCCGGCAGGUUCACUCUUACAGCCACCAGUUGAGAACCAGCACCGGUACCCAUCACAAGCGGCGGCAGCACCAGCUCCGCAAGCACAGCCUUGAUGAAAACCACAUCUUGAACAAACACGCCAAUAAUAAAAACAAUGAAUUUUAUUACGAUAGCACCAACGAUUCUUCUGAUGAUGAUGACUUUUAUCCAUAUUUUACCACUACCGCUAGUAUUGCAAGUGGUGGUGGUGGUAGUGUUGGAAGUAUAGGGUCGGUGAGCGAUCACCGUGUAGAUUACAGGAUUGAUGGGAUGCCAAUUGGGGAUGGAGGCGAUGAGUACCAGCAGCAGUUUCAGCAAUCAAUGCCGGAGUUCAUGGGGAGUGGUGGAGGGGUGGGGAUAUUUAAGGCGCCUAAGAGGGCAGCUGUACAUCCCAGCCGGCCACCUUUUCUCGAGCUUAGGCCUCACCCUCUAAGAGAGACACAAGUUGGAAAAUUUUUGAGGACUAUUGUCAGUACAGAAACACAAUUAUGGGCAGGGCAAGAAUCAGGGGUUAGAGUAUGGAACUUUACAGAUGCAUAUGAGCCAGGAAUCGGGGUAGGAGGAAGGGCACGGAGAGGAGAUGAGGACGCUGCUCCAUUUUAUGAAUCAGCAAGCACGUCUUCCACAAUAUGUUUGAUGGUUGACCCUGGAAGUAAGUUGGUUUGGAGUGGGCAUAAGGAUGGUAAGAUUAGGUCUUGGAGGAUGGACCAGCCUUAUAACGAUGAUUCCACUUUGAAGGAAGGCUUCUUUUGGCAGGCUCAUCGAGGUCCAGUUCUUUCCAUGAUAAUUUCUUCUUAUGGUGAUAUUUGGUCGGGCUUUGAGGGUGGUAUUAUAAAGGUGUGGCCAUGGGAAGCUAUUGAAAAAUCUCUAUCUCUAUCACUAGAGGAAAGACACAUGGCUUCUUUACUAGUGGAGAGGUCAUUCGUUGACCUUAGGAGCCAAGUUACCAUUAAUGGUGCUUGUAACAUUUCAUCUUCAGAUGUUAAGAGUUUGUUAGCUGACAAUGUCCGAGCCAAAGUGUGGGCAGUUGGGUCGUCAUCCUUCUCAUUAUGGGAUGCUCGCACAAGAGAACUUCUCAAAGUAUUUAACAUAGACGGUCAAAUUGAGAAUCGAGUCGAUAUGCCAUCAGUGCAAGACCAAGCAGCUGAAGAUGAGAAUCUUAAGCUCGUCUCCAAGUCAAAAAAGGAAAAAUCCCAAGGCUUUUUGCAGCGGUCACGUAAUGCUAUAAUGGGAGCUGCAGAUGCUGUGCGCCGAGCAGCAACAAAGGGGUCAGCUUAUAGUGAAGAUGCUAAAAAAACAGAAGCCCUUGUUCUAGCAUCAGAUGGAAUUAUAUGGACUGGAUGUUCCAAUGGCUUAUUAGUGCAAUGGGAUGGAAAUGGCAACCGUUUGCAGGAUUUCAAUCAUCAUCCUUGUGCUGUUCUAUGCUUUUGCACUUAUGGGUCAAGAAUAUGGGUUGGCUAUAUAAGUGGAGUGGUCCAACUGCUGGACCUCGAAGGAAACUUAAUUGCUGGUUGGGUUGCUCACAAUGGUCCUGUUAUAAAAUUAGUGGUUGGAAAUGGUUACAUUUUUAGUUUGGCAACUCAUGGCGGUAUACGGGGAUGGAGCAUUGCCUCUCCAGGACCUGUGGAUAACAUUUUAAGGCUAGAAUUAGCUGACAGAGAAAACAUGUAUACAAGACUAGAUAAUGUUAGAAUAUUAGUUGGCACAUGGAACGUUGGCCAAGGAAGAGCAUCUCAGGAUGCUCUUAUCUCAUGGCUAAGUUCUGCAGUAUCGGAUGUCGAUAUUGUAGUUGUGGGGUUACAAGAAGUGGAAAUGGGUGCAGGUAACAUCCAUCCUGAACUUCCAAGUUCUAUUGGGCAAUGGUGGCAGGAAAAUAUUGGCAAGGCUUUGGACGAAGGAUCCACUUUCGAACGCGUAGGGUCCAGGCAGCUGGCUGGUUUGCUCAUAGCUAUCUGGGUGAGAAAGACAGUUAGAACACACGUUGGGGACCUGGAUGUUGCUGCAGUUGCGUGUGGUUUAGGUCGUGCAAUUGGCAAUAAGGGAGGUGUAGGCUUGAGGUUGAGAGUAUUCGAUAGGAUAAUGUGUUUUACAAAUUGUCAUUUUGCUGCACAUUUGGAAGCAGUUAACCGCCGCAAUGCUGAUUUUGAUCAUAUAUUUCGAACCAUGACGUUCAUCCGCUCAUCUAACCUUCUUAACAAUGCUGCUGCUGGUGUCUCAUCUUCUACUCAGACCCUUCGUGCUGCGAAUGCUGCUGCUCCUAAUCCUAACGAGGGAAAGCCCGAUCUUGCUGAAGCCGAUAUGGUCGUCUUUUGUGGUGAUUUUAAUUAUCGUCUUUUUGGCAUAUCUUAUGACGAAGCACGGGAUCUUGUUUCCCAGAGAAGUUUUGACUGGCUUCGAGAAAAAGAUCAGCUUAGGGCAGAAAUGAAAGCUGGCAAAGUUUUCCAAGGAAUGCGUGAGGCACUCAUCAAAUUUCCACCGACUUACAAGUUUGAAAGGGGAAAACCUGGUUUGGGAGGUUACGAUUCGGGAGAGAAAAAACGAAUACCGGCUUGGUGUGAUAGAAUACUAUACAGAGAUAGCAGGGCCACUCCAACAGACGAAUGCAGUUUAGAAUGCCCUGUUGUUGCUUCCAUACUACAAUAUCAAGCUCGUAUGGAUGUUACUGAGAGUGAUCAUAAACCUGUACGGUGCAAGUUUGAUGUGGACAUUGCCCGUGUUGACAGAUCAGUGAGGAGACAAGAGUUCGGAAAAAUUAUGAAGUCCAAGGACACAAUCAGGUCUUACCUUGCCGAACUACGCUUCGUUCCAGAAACCAUUGUUAGCACAGAAAAAAUAGUGCUGAAAAAUCAAGAAACUUUCAGUUUGAGAAUCACCAACAAAAGUGGUACAGAAUUUGCAUUUUUCCAAAUCAUCUGCGAGGGUCAAUCUGCAGUCAAAGAGGACGGAGUAGCAUCCGACUAUCGGCCCAGAGGAUCACUUGGUUUCCCUCGUUGGCUUGAGGUGACACCUGCAGCCGGCAUAAUCAAAGCUGAUGAAGUUGUAGAAAUAUCCUUACAUCACGGAGAAUUCCGUACACUGGAAGAAUUUGUAGAUGGUUUUCCACAAAGCUGGUGGUCCGAAGACACCAGUGACAAGGAAGUCAUUUUGCUGGUGAACGUAAAAGGCAGUCGCUCCACUGUAACAAAAGCUCAUAGAGUACACGUCUGCCAUUGCUCCUCGGGAAGUUCGGUUCACCUUGAUCAGAAAUGUAACAAUUCCAAGAAACACCAAGGUAGUUCCCACCACAGAUCUUCACUUCGGAAUACAGGCAGUGCCUCCGAAUUGGCUGAUGACCACUGGAGCUCAAGGGAUCCCUGA